AUGUCAACUGGCUCAUCAAGAUAUCUAAUACGACAUCUUGAAGAAGAAUUUGGUGCCCCUUCUUCCAAGAUAUUAAACUCUUUACUGGAAGACAAUCCCCAAUUAACUGAUGCUAUUGAUAGCUAUCUGCAAAAGCAUGACACUUACGACUCAAACGAUAAUGCCAAACUCGGCAACGAAUUAUACCGGGUAUACAUGAAGUAUAUUCUCAAUGACUAUUCAAAGGAAAAGUAUUUUCUUCAGGUUCUUACAAAGUUGAUACACUGUAUAGUAGACGAUAAUGAGUUUCUGAUGUGGAUUAAAAAAUACAUCACCUCGUCUACGGACAGUGCAGGUUUGAACAAUUCAUUUGUUGAAUUGACGAAGAGGCUUAUUAACAACGCAUUAAGCGAUAGCAUUUCAACGAAGGAUAUAAAAUUACAGAAGACCAGGUCUCAUCACUCAGAACUGGUUCUUAAUCUUUUACUUGACAGCUACUUCCGGAAAAUCGAAAAAGCUGAUAUUAUAGACGACAGUGGCAGUUCCGCAUUAAGCUCUCAAGAACAAGAGGAAAAGAGUCGAUUUAGACGAUUAAACAUUCGACUGCUGAUUAGCAAUUAUGCUUCAGCAUAUACAAAGGAGUUCUUGGUGACAAUGUCCGACUAUUUGCAUCGUAAUGGAAAUCUUAAAUUAGAGGUGAUGUCAUUACUUUCAUCUGUUUUAAAGGAGCAGCCCAUGAAACUUUACACGAUAAUAGAAAUCGAUCUAUAUGAUGAUUUACUUGAAUGCAUGUUGAAGGACCCCUCGAUAGACGUGGUAGAUUCCACUAUUAACGUCUUUUGCAUGAUUUUACCGCAUAUUUGCAAUAAACUUCAACGCUCUCUUCUUAAGAUAUUUGCAAUAUUUGCAAGAAGACUCUGCUGGCAACGUGGCGAUCUAGGAGAUUUAUGGACCGAAGGAAAGGCACAGCUAUCUCUUCAACGUCUUCUUAAGGCAAACGCUUUUUCCAUUCCACCAAUGAGACUUGAAGAUUAUUUGUAUGGACUGUAUCCAUUGAAUCUUUUCUCUUUUUGCAAAGAUCCAUUGAAGUACAUGGGAGCCGAAUAUGUGCAGUAUCUACCUCCCGGGUUCGACGCAGAUCAAUUCAAAGCUUUGGCUUUACCGACCUUAACCCGAUUUUUACUUCACGAGAACUUUAUAAAGUUUUCCACUCCUGAGGAGGAGUUCGAAGACAUCAAACGGUUCAGUGCGCUGGGAUAUGCUGAUGCUAUCGCCCUCUAUUGUGCCCAACUUGAUCCGUUAAUAGACGAGGUGGAGAAGAGUAGACGAUCUGGUCGUUCUACCUCAACUGGAGAGUCGAUAUCAACCAGAAAUUCAGGGCCAAUACCCUCACCUCCUGGAUUCAGAAUUCCAGAUUUUGGGAAUACUUUCCAAGCUAGAAAGGCCUCCAUAAUCAGUAUUGGGAGUACGAUGAACGCAGGUGGUAACCAGGACCCUUUACUGAUUGGUUCUACCAAUGAACAACGAGUAUUAUCGAGCGAUAACCUGUUGGAUGUUCACAAAGACUUGUAUUUCAGUAACAAGGACUCACUGGUCAGACGCCAGUCUCUAAUUUCCGAUUCAGGAAUAGCACAGGUAGUCGCAAGUGGCAGCCAGCCGUCGGAAAGUGGCAGUGGAACAGAAAGCGGGAGUGAGGGAGCCAUCGACUUCUACCAGAGAGAACUUAUGAUUUUGAUCAAUGAGCUUGAUUUUGCGGAAUAUGUCCGAAACUUGUCCAUUUUCAACUACAGGAAGGCGAGAAAGGAGAUUCUGAAACUUUAUACGACAGUUCAAGAAUUCGAGAUUUUAAAGAAGAGAAAUGAGCAAUUGACGAGGGAAAUUGGACAGAUACGUGAGGUAGUAAUACUGAAGGAGGAAGCAGAGAAGACUUUAAGAAUGGGUACAGCCGAAAGGUUAGAGUUGCUGCUAAAAAAAAAUAAACUGUUGAAUAAGCAGCUGACAGAGAUAACGAGAAGCGAGUUCAAACUUCAAGAGAAAUAUGAAAAGUUAGAGGCUGAUCAUAAGGAGGCUAAGAACAAACUGAGGGUACAUGAAAAGGAGUUUAUGAGCCUUAAAGAUAAAGUGUCAUUACUAGGCAAGGAAAAAAACAACCUUACGGCCCAGAUCGACCUACAUUCACAGAAGUCGAUGACAGAAUAUCACAUCGAGACGGUUGAUGAUAAAGAUAAGGAAAUAUUCAUUUUGAAUGAAGAGAUAAAGAGAUACAAAUAUGAACUUGACGAUGCGAUAGAAAAGUUGAAGAAGAUGGAUAGCCACGCUACUCAAAGGGAAAACGGUGAUCAAGAUCUUCGUAAAACAGGAGAAGCAUUGAAGAAGUAUAUCGCGCUCUAUCAGACAACAUUGACAGACUAUGAACAAACAAUCAAAGAUUUAGAAACCGAAGUUCAAACUAAGGAGUUAACGAUUUCCAAGUUGAAUACUACACAGCCAAUUAAUAUACCUGCCAAUGGUAGCUCGGAUGUUUUGGUCAAUAAGAUGCCACAGUUUACCUAUGAAUCGAGUUACGAUGUGUUUGGAAAUAGGAUGAUGCGUAAUUCGCCCUCAGAAUUACGAUAUGGCACCCAAGGCUCAUCGAUUAGAAGUGCUUCAAAGACGGCUUUGAACACAGAUCAAGGUAAAGACACCCAAGAAAGUCCUACACUUUAA